AUGACCAAGUCUCAGACUAUGAACACGUGGACGCUGUGGCUACCAGGGGGUAGACUGGGAGUGAUGUACGGGGUCAAGAGUGUGGUGAUAUUCAACAGGAAGGAUUGUUGGGGUUGGAUUACCGUCAGACAGGAGAAAAGAGCUCUGACACUGUGUGAGGUUGAGGUGUAUGUGCAGGAACAGGACUCCACUCCAGAACCUCUGAUAAACGUGGCCCCAGCAGGACGAGCUUACCAAACAUCCACAAGUUUAGGGGGUGAGGCUAGCAGAGCUAUAGACGGGUUAACCUUCACCCACUGGAAGGGAGACUCGUGUACACUGACACAGCCUGGUAACAAGACCCAGUGGAGAGUGGAUCUGGAGGGAUGGGAGGUGGGGGUGAAGUACCCGGUGGAGAGAGUGGUGAUGUACAACAGAGCUGAUAGUAAACAGGAGAGGAUCAACAACACUGCAGUGUGGGUCGGAGACUUCCUGUGUGGGACGAUAACUUACAAGGAGGGAGAGAACAUGUACUUUGUAGAGUGUGGAGGGAGGAGAGGGAGCACAGUCUCACUAACUCUGGACCAGGGUAUCUUGAGUGUGUGUGAAGUUCAGGUUGUGAUGAAGUCCAGGAACAUUCCUCGCAUUCCUACCUACACUAACGUGGCACUGGGACGAGAAGCUAGCCAGGGACACAACAGUGCAAAGAACGCAGGGAGAGCUGUGGACGGUAACACAAGUGGGAAGAUUCGGAGUAACUCCUGCACAUGGUCGGAGACCAGUAACUCGGGUGACGGCACUUGGUGGAGAGUGAAGCUUGAUCAGGGAACUGUUGUUAGGUCUGUAGUUAUCGUCAAUAGAAUGGAUGCUUUCUCUCAGCGCAUUAAUGGCGUUCAGGUCUGGGUAGGAGAUGUGGAGAGGUCUGGGUAG